UCUUUUAGUCUGUCAGGUUGCCGGAAGUGACCUGUCAAAAACGGAAAAGCUCACCGGAUCCCUAAGCAAUUUAUCCAAAAAACACCAGAGGAUUAUUGUUUGCAUGAAUACAUCAAAAGGCUUAAUUUAAAGACAGGAAUCUGCAUAUACCAGCUGACCAGCCCACUGAUCAGCAAAAUGAGCAGCACAGGAACAGUGGAGAGUAGUAAACCUCCAAAGAUUGGCUCUAUAGUCGAGGUGACAGGAAAGGGUCAGCGCGGCACUGUUGCCUACAUUGGCGCUACCCUCUUUGCUUCUGGGAAAUGGGUGGGUGUCAUAUUGGAUGAGCCCAAAGGCAAGAACGAUGGCACCGUGCAGGGCAAACGCUACUUCACCUGUGAGGAAAAUCACGGCAUAUUCGUCAGGCAGUCCCAGAUCCAGGUGGUAGAAGAUGGCUCCAGUGCCACAUCACCAGAUACCCCUGAGUCUGGAACAGCAAAGACACUUAAGCAAAAAGACAUUCCUGAAACUCCCAAAACAAGCAAACAGCCACCAGCGAGCAUUAAAAAGUCCUCUGCCCGCCGCUCGGCAAAGUGGAAUACGCCACGUCUCACAUCAGCUACCUCCCUCCCCUCCCUCCUGGUCCGUCCCUCCAGCCGCUCCAGCCUGUCGGUCACGGCUUCUCGUGAGAGUCUCGCAUCCUCUCUGUCUGGUGAUGUCAGUGAGGUGGGCCUGUCCUCCCAGCAGGGUGCUCUGGGCGCCCCUGUCAUACCUCAGCCCAGCGGGUCACCUGCAGCAGCGGCUGCUUCUGUUCCAGCUACUCCGAGCAAGGUGGAACCUGCCAUAUCCAAGCAGGAGGAGGAAUCACUGCGAGCUCAAGUCAAGGACCUGGAGGAGAAACUGGAGACUUUGAAGAUGAAGCGAACAGAAGACAAAGCCAAGCUUAAGGAACUGGAGAAACACAAGAUCCAGUUGGAGCAGCUUCAGGAGUGGAAGACCAAAAUGCAGGAGCAGCAGGGCGAGCUGCAGAAACAACUCAAAGAGGCCAAGAAGGAAGCCAGGGAGGCACAGGAGGCCAAGGAGCGCUACAUGGAGGAGAUGUCUGACACAGCAGAUGCCAUAGAGAUGGCCACGCUGGACAAAGAGAUGGCAGAAGAGAGAGCAGAAUCGCUCCAGGUUGAGGUGGAUACCCUGAAAGAGAAAGUGGAGGAGCUCUCAAUGGACCUGGAGAUCCUUAGGCAUGAGAUUUCAGAGAAAGGCUCAGAUGGAGCUGCCUCCAGUUACCAGGUCAAGCAGCUGGAGGAGCAGAACAGCAGACUCAAGGAGGCGCUGGUCAGGAUGAGAGAUCUGUCUGCUUCGGAGAAACAGGAACAUGUGAAGCUUCAGAAGCAGACAGAGAAGAAGAACGUGGAGCUGGAGACUCUGAGGACUCAGAAAGAAAAACUGCAGGAAGAACUCAAGCAGGCAGAGGCCACAAUCGAUGAACUGAAGGAACAGGUGGAUGCUGCUCUGGGCUCAGAGGAGAUGGUGGAGACCCUGACGGAGAGGAACCUCGACCUUGAGGAGAAAGUCAGAGAGCUGAGAGAAACAGUGACUGAUCUGGAAGCCAUCAAUGAGAUGAAUGAUGAACUCCAAGAGAAUGCCAGAGAAACAGAGAUGGAGCUGAGGGAACAGCUCGACCUGAGUGGAGCAAAGGUCAGAGAGGCAGAAAAAAGGGUGGAAGCUGCCCAGGAGACUGUAGCUGAUUACCAGCAGACCAUCAACAAAUACAGAGAACUCACUGCCUCACUUCAGGAGGCCAACAGGGAGCUGAUCAGUCAGCAGAAUGCAAAUGCAGAACAAGUUCAGCAACCACCUGCAGAGCUGUUUGACUUUAAGAUCAAGUUUGCAGAGACCAAGGCUUAUGCCAAGGCCAUUGAGAUGGAGCUGAGGAAAAUGGAAGUAGCUCAGUCGAACAGACAAGUGUCCCUCCUCACCUCCUUCAUGCCAGACUCCUUCCUUCGCCAUGGUGGGGACCAUGACUGUAUUCUGGUGCUCCUGCUUAUUCCCAGGCUCAUCUGUAAGGCUGAACUCAUCAGUAAACAGGCACAGGAGAAGUUUGACUUGAAUGGGAACCCGGUGCAGGGAACAGGGCUCAGAGGGCCUCCGGGAGAACAGCGCAGUUUCGCUUCAGGACUGGUCUACUCCCUCAGCCUGCUGCAGGCCACCCUGCAUAAAUAUGAACAGGCUCUGAACACCUGCAGCGUGGACAUUUUUAAGCGCAUGGGAACCCUUUACUCUGAAAUGAGUUUCCAUGAACGCUCUCUGGAUUAUUUCAUAGAUCUGCUUCAUAAAGAUCAGCUGGAUGAGACCGUUCAGGUGGAACCUCUCACUAAGGCCAUCAAGUACUAUCAGCAACUGUAUAGUGUCCAUCUGGCAGAUCACACUGAAGACUGCACAGUGCAGCUGGCUGAUCACAUUAAGUUUACUCAGAGUGCCCUGGACUGUAUGGUAGUGGAGGUAGCUCGUCUGCGCGCCUUCCUGUCAUCAGGACAGGAGAGCUCUGGUUUAGCAGUUCUUCUGAAGGACCUGGACACCUCCUGUUCUGAUAUCAGACAGUUUUGUAAGAAGAUCCGCCGUCGCAUGCCCGGAACAGAUGUAGCUGGAGUCCCCGCUGCUCUCAGUUUUGGACCAGAGGUUUCAGAGACGCUGACUGAGUGCAGGCGUCAGUUGACCCGUGUGGUUGCGGUACUUCAAGAGGUAGCUGCAGCUGGAGCUCAGAUGGUUCCUUCGCUGGGAGAACAGGAAGGUCUCAAUGCUCUUAAACUGGAGGAUAUUGCCUGCAAGGUUGUGGAGCAGGUAUACGGCUCCCAUGGUGUAAAUGGCCCAGAGUUACUGCGGCAGUCUUGCAGCUCUGUCAUCACCACCAUGAACAAGAUGGCUACAGCCAUGCAGGAAGGAGAGUAUGAUGCUGAAAAACCACAGGGAAAGACUCUUCCAGUGGAAAUAAGAGCAGCCACAGUCAGGGCAGAAAUGACUGACGCCGAAGGUCUGGGAGUCAAACUAGAAGACAGAGAAACCGUCAUCAAGGAGCUCAAGAAGUCUCUCAAGAUUAAGGGUGAGGAGCUGAGUGAGGCCCAUGUCCGCCUCAGCCUCUUGGAGAAGAAGCUGGACACCUCCACCAAAGAUGCUGAUGAACGUGUGGAGAAGAUUCAGACCAAACUGGAUGAGAACCUUGCCCUGCUGAAGAAGAAAGAAAAGGAGUUUGAGGAGACGAUGGAUGCUCUGCAGGCUGAUAUUGACCAGCUGGAGGCUGAGAAGGCAGAGCUGAAACAACGACUCAGUAACCAGUCAAAGAUGACCAUUGAAGGCCUGAGAGGUCCACCUGCCUCAGGAAUUGCCUCCAUCGUUCAGGGAUCAGCAGGAGGUCUGCCUCCCUCUAUGGGAGGGCCAAUGCAGGUGGUGGACUCUCCUCUCCUCAGGCAGCAGAUCGAGGCCCAGAGGCUGGGUAUUAAACACCUUAAGAAUGAAAACAACAGACUCAAGGCAGAGAAAAUGAGAGCCCAGCUAGCCUCCCUGCCGCCGCUCCGCCCUCCUAAACUCCCACAAGUGUCUAAAGAAAGCUCCAUGCCUCCAGAGGGACUAAACACAGGCAUAUACCGAAGGACUGACCAGCUGCUGGCAACCCUGCUCAAGCUGAGUGCCGAGGUUAAAGUGGUGGACAUCACUGGAAAGACGGCAGUUAGUGCAAGCGCUCAGCUCCUGGAGCAGACAGCUCGUCUGCAGAACCUCAGUGAUGCUCUGGAUAAACUCAAGGGUGAGGUAGCCGAACAUGUGGUCUCACAUCAGCCUGGAGCAAAGGCUUCUUCUGACUUUGCUACAUUCCCAGUCACCUCUUUUACUAAGGCCAAGGAAGAGAAGCAGGGAGACACGGUAUUCAUUGGCCGUGUUGCGAUUCCAUGCACCCGUGGACAGGAACAAGUCCACCGUCUCGUCCUAUCAAAGCCGCAGUUGCAGCAAGUGCACCGUCUCCUCAUGGUUUAGACCAGUAGGAUCACACAGCAGAGUACCUUCUUAUUCCAGCUAACACUUUAGCAUUCCUCCUAUUUGUCUUUUUUGCUUUUCACUUUUCUCAGGAAACGGUUUCCACUUAUAGCACUAAUAUUAUCGACCCAGAGAAGUGUCUUUAUAAAAGUGAUUGUUUUUCUGAAUUUCAAGACUCCCGAAUGUCAUUAAGGUGUCAUGAUUUCAUUAUUGAAGAAGUUUCUGUACCAAUGUUCACUCUGUGCAAAUGGGAAGGACUACAAAGCAAUUUUUACUACAUUUGCAAUGACUGAUAGGUUUGUUCCUUUGUAUCUUUUGUAUUUGUGCUAAUUCAGACAAUAAAAGAUAGCAGCCCAAUUCUGAGCAAGAAAUACUCAAAUGCAUGUUUACGUUUAUACUUUUAAGCUUUGAGUAAUCUGAUAUUACAGUGUAAACUUUCACUAAUACGAUAAAGUCCAGUGCCAGCUGA